AUGGGUAGCUGUUGUAGCUGUCCAGAUAAAGAAACUAUCCCAGAUAACCAACAAAACAGAUUUAAGGUUAUUAAUGUUGAUGAUGAUGGUAAUGAGCUUGGCUCUGGCAUAAUGGAAUUGACCGAAAAUGAUCUCAUCUUAUACACUCGCAAGCGAGAUUCUGUCAGAUGGCCUUACCUCUGCUUGCGACGCUAUGGAUACGAUUCAAACCUUUUUUCUUUUGAAAGUGGACGAAGGUGUCAGACUGGACAAGGAAUAUUUGCUUUUAAAUGUGCCCGCGCAGAAGAGCUCUUCAAUAUGCUUCAAGAGAUCAUGCAAAAUAAUAGCAUUAGCGUUGUGGAGGAGCCAGUAGUUGAGCGAAAUCCCCAGACUGAGUUGGAUGUUCCAAGAACCCCUCGCACACCAACCACCCCUGGAUUUAGUGGAUCAGGUGUUCCAAAUGGAUACCCUCGAUACCCAUCCGUUGGCGAAGCAUCCUCACACCCAUCAAGCAGGCAUCCGUCUGUGGGUAGCACACGCCUUCCAUCAGUUGGAGAAGAAUCUACACAUCCAUUACUUGUCCCAGAAGACCAUGUGCAUACAUAUGUUAAUACAUCUGGAGUACAGGAAGAUCAGAAACAGAGGCCAAAUGUUCCACCUGCCCAGGAGGUUCGUGUUUCCAGCCCUGAAGGAAUCCAUGGUCACGGUGAACCUCCUGUUCCUGAGAGAGAUCCACAAGUUAUUCUCGAGCCUGAUGGAGUGAAGUUUGUUUUAGGACCAACACCUGUUCAGAGACAGUUAAUAGAGAAAAAGAAACUGGAGACACUUGAGCAACACCAAGAUAGUGUAAACAAUGGUGAAAGCAGUUGUCCAAAUAAUACAGAGUGGGACACUGGUUAUGACAGCGAUGAACACAGAGAAACUCCUAGCAAUAAAAUGGUGUGUGAGAAUUUGAAUGGAUUAUCCAGUUUAUCAUCUGCAGUGCAAAGGGGACGCGUGGUACCACCCAUUUCCACAGAUAUCCAAAAUGUAAAUAACUCUGCGCAGAGGAGAACUGCCUUAAUAAACUAUGAAAACUUACCAUCCCUUCCUCCAGUCUGGGAAACACGGAAGCCCAGCAGGGAGGAAGAUGACUCUCUAGGACCAAAGACUCCAUCCUUAAACGGUUUUCAUAGUAACUUAGACCCAAUGCAUAAUUAUGUGAACACUGAAAAUGUAACGGUUCCAUUGAGUGCUCAUAAAGUAGAGUUUUCUAGACGUCGGGACUGCACACCAACAGUCUUCAAUUUUGAUAUAAGGCGCCCAAGUCUGGAACAAAGGCAGCUUAAUUACAUACAGGUCGAUUUGGAAGGUGGCAGUGACUCUGAUAAUCCCCAGACUCCAAAAACGCCAACCACUCCACUCCCACAAACACCUACGAGGCGUACAGAGCUUUAUGCUGUGAUAGAUAUUGAAAGGACUGCUGCCAUGUCAAACUUACAAAAAGCACUGCCGCGAGAUGAUGGUACGUCUAGAAAGACCAGGCAUAACAGUACUGACCUACCCAUGUGAGCUUUAAGCACAUAACUUCAUUUUGCACCUUUGUGAUAUUUCUUUUAAAAACAUUCACAAAAAAAAAAAAAA